AUGUGCGAACGGCUGUACAGAAAAAUAAAAGAAUUGGAGUGCGAGUCGAACUUGUACCUAUCAAACAACAAGGUGCUAUUCGAGAGUAUACACCAGCUGCUGAGGGAAGGGGUGCCCUCCAUCCCAAGCGCUUGCUACGUGGACGACAAGCUGGCGGACAGAGAAACUAAUAGGUACGUACUGACCAAGUAUAUCUACGACGCUGAUGACAUUAUUUACAAAGUAGAAGCACACUCGAAGGUAACACUAGAGAAGGAAGCAAAUUUAACAGAAAGGUUGUUGGACGAAGAAUAUUUAACAGAUAACGAAGUGGAGGAUAUGCACAAAGGAGACAAUUACAACGUCCUAGACUCUGUGCAAAUAUACGUGGCACAUAGCCAUUUUGAGCAUAUAUGGAAUGAGCACACCAUGCAAUAUUUUCUGAGCUGUUAUCACGAUGAACAGAAUUUAAAAAUACACACACACUUAUUAGAGAAGGAGGAAUUUGGUUAUGACUUACAAAUUGAGUUAUUUGAAGUACCAAGGACUCCAGAGAAGAUGUUACUGGUGGCUAGCCACUUGUCCAAAAUACGAGAAGCUUUACAGUGUGGUCCUUGCAUGCACUUUUUUCUGUCCAAAACACAUGUACAGGAAAAUUCUUUCACUAAAUUCAUAAUUAGACGUAAUGAAGUUAUAUAUUUGCUGAAGAAAAAUGAUUACGUUUUGGUGAUUUUAUCUGUGCACUAUGUUGAUAUGCAUGACCGCUGUAUUGUCCUAGGGGUGUGCAAAAAUAUUCACGCCACAACAAAGUCGAUGGAUUUACAUGGCCAUUUGGACUUUUCCUUUUAUGCUGAUUUUCCAGCUCAUCUGGUGCCCUCCGAGUUGUUUGUCUACGAGGUGGGAGACGAAGGGGACAGUCGCAAUUAUGAUCCGUGCAGGGGGAGAAGCGGGGAUGCUGAUGGGGGUGAAGCUGACGACGGUGGCGGUGCCAACUUGCCUGCUGCACCCGAUCCUUGUCGCCCACCUCGGUGCAGCUCACAAGCACAGACCACUAUCCCCAACGUCGGGUUCGUGGCCAUCAAAAUGGAUGCCAAGUUGUUCGCUGGGUGUAAGGACUUUUCCGAGCUGAUCCAUAUAUCGAGUAGGGUGUCGCACAUUAUUGUGUCCUUUCGAGAUUUCCUCAACAAUGCCGUGGUGCUCUACCGAAUGCGGCGCCGGAGGGCCGUGUAA